UAACGACUCAACUGAGGGUGCAAUUCACCCCCGUAGAACCAGGCCUGAGCAGAAGCUCUGCUGAUGUGAAGCUGUCCAAGAGGAGGCAGCCGUUUGUGCCCUACGCUCUGCGAAACCACACGGGAUGUACCAUGUGGUUCGCCACUCUGACUACCACUCCUACAAGGGUGGCGCUGUCUCACAGCAGCAGUGCAGACUCCAUCUCAGACGUUCACGGCCCGGGAACUGAUGACACCCACAAUGUGAGCCAGUGGAGGGAGGUGCUGCCUGGGGAGGAGGUCCCCUUUGAGUUCGAAGCCCGUGAGAAACUCCGCCACAGACAAACUCAUGAGCUGAAGCUUCACCAGCUGGUGGUGCGGGUGUGUGGGUGGGAGCAGGUGAAGCCGGUGUCCGUGGACAAAGUGGGCGUGUUCUUCCGUUAUGCCGCUCCGGACAGAAACAGCUCCUCCAACACUGUUGGCAGUCCUAUUAGCAGAACCAACAUCAUCCACCCGCAUGUUUAUGCUCCUUGAACACAACACAAGCCUAACGUUAUCAUC